AAAAGUGUGCUUUCCUGUAGCCAACACGAGUAGUGAGGUGUUCCAUACCAUCAAAUACCUUUGAAAAAUGAGUGAUUUACCUCCAGGAUGGGAAGUUAGAACUUCUAAAUCCACAGGAAAAGCAUAUUUCUUCAAUAGACAAACGAAUGCUAGCACUUGGGAUCGGCCAACAGAACCAGCGUCAGAUCAAGUACGCGCCUCACAUUUACUGGUCAAACAUUGCAAUUCAAGGCGCCCUGCAUCUUGGAAAUCAGACRAGAUCACCAGAAGUAAAGAAGAAGCUCUUCAAAUCAUCAAAGGUUACGAAGAGCAAAUUAGGUCUGGUGAAACAACCCUACCCAAGUUGGCCAGGACUGAAAGUGAUUGCAGUAGUGCUAGAAAAGAUGGUGACCUAGGCUAUUUUGGCAGAGGACAGAUGCAAAAACCUUUUGAAGAAGCCACGUUUGCAACCAAGGUCGGAGAGAUGAGUGGACCUGUUUUCACUGAUUCUGGAAUCCAUUUGAUCUUAAGAACAGCAUAAAUAAACAUUACUAUUUCAUUCUACUACUUAUGUGCUUAUCAACUGUGAAAUAAGAUGCUAUAGUCAGAUGUAAAAUAGAACUGCAUGUGAACAAGUUGUAAAAUAAGGCAAGAAAAUGUAACAUACCCAGUUACGAUAAUUACCAUAAUGGACUUCUAGUAGGUGUAAUGUACAAAUAUGAAAAGAAAUAAAAGCACUAUAUUGAGUGAAA